AUGUCUAUCGAACUCGACCCCCCGAGCUUGGCUUCCAGCAUACUAGGGCCUUUCAACCAGGAAGUAUGCCAGAUCCUCCACCUGCGGAAUCCCACCCAGGACCCCCUGGUCUUCAAGGUCAAGACCACUGCCCCGAAGCACUACUGCGUCCGCCCCAACUCUGGCCGUAUCGAGCCCGGCAAGCAAGUGGAUGUCCAAGUCUUGCUGCAGGCCAUGAAGGAGGAGCCGACCGUUGACCAGAAGUGCAAGGACAAGUUCCUGGUCCAGUCCGUUGCGGUCACCGGCGGUGAUAUGGAAUUUUCGAAUGUUACCUCCAUCUUUGAGAAGACAUCCAAGUCUUCAGUCAUUGAGCGCAAGAUUCGUGUCAACUGGUUGCCAGCUGAUUCGGGUGUGUCCUCGCAACAGUCCCAGGCCAACGACUCGGUAUUGGAGGAAGAACCCCCUGCAUACACGUCCCCCGGUGGUAACUACGAGACCCCCGCCGUUGGUCUUGCGAAAAAGAGCCCCGUCGACCAAACGUCUCCAAUCCCCGCCCCCGAUUUCUCCGAGAAGUCCAUCAGCCCCGAGUUCUCCCAGCCCACCGAGUCCAGCACCUCCUUUGCAAAUGCCAAGGCUGCCGUGACUAGUGCCUUCCCCUCCAGCGACGAACUGAAGUCCCAACUUGCCGAUGCCAACGCACAUAUCCAACGGCUCAAGGACCGACUCGCGGAUCAGGGCUUGCGGCAGCGGAAGACUGGCGGCGAGGCGCCGGCUGCCCCCGCGACGAUGCAGCAGUCACAUGCACAGACCGAGUCUGGAGUCUCUGUUCAAGUCGUUGCCGGGCUGUGCCUACUCAGCUUCUUGAUCGCCUACUUCUUCUUCUAG